AUGGAGGUCGUUCCGCUGACAAAGUUUGCGACCAAACAGGACGGAGAAGGAGGAGGAGAAGAAGAAGAAGAAGACGAAGAAGAGGUGCCGAUGCCUAAAGAGGGGUCGAAGGAUCCCAAGGAGACCUCGAAGGAUCCCAAAGAGUCUGGAAAGAAGGCUGCCACCACCAUCACCACGAAGCCUACAGCGAACACUACGACGAAGCCCAAGACGCAGUCUACGACGCAGCCCCCGAUGAGACCCCCGACGAAGCCCCCAAUGAAGCCCAAGACGCGGCCCAUAACGCGGCCGAUGCAGCCCUCAACAGAACGAAGUUGCUCGAACAAACCCCAAGCAAAGUACAACGAGCCUAGAACGUCGGCGAGAACACAGGUCCAGGCCGAGGGCCAGGUCCGAGUCCAAGGAGCCAGCAUGCCCUCUGCUUCCCUCUCUUCUUCCGUCCAUACUUCCUUACUCCCCUCUUCUUUCCCCUGUUCCCGCUACUACUGCCCCUCCUUCUCCACCACCUCCUACUUCCGCUACUCCGUCUGCUUCUUUGCCAUUGGGUAUCCGGGUAUCGGGGGCAUGGCCUGA